ACAGUAAAUAUUUGUGUUUGCUCAACCGGCUGUAAUGGUGGAGGACUGAGGCAGUAGAAACGGAAUACAACUUGAGUGAAGCAAGAGAGAAGGAAAUAAAAGACGACGGUUUGAAAGUCUGUAGCACACGGACACGGGCUUUUUGUCGAAAAAUGGAUGAACUCAAACAUCAAGUCAUGAUUAACCAGUUCGUCCUGGCGGCGGGUUGUGCGGCAGACCAAGCGAAGCAGCUUUUACAGGCGGCACAUUGGCAGUUUGAGACUGCUCUCAGUGCCUUUUUUCAAGAAACAAAUAUUCCAUACGGCCAUCAUCAAAUGAUGUGCACCCCAGCCAACACACCAGCGACACCCCCCAACUUCCCGGACGCGUUGACCAUGUUCUCCCGGCUGAAGGCGUCCGAGAGCUUCAACAGCAGCAGCGCAGGAAGUCCCGCCUCCAUGGCCACCUCACCCCCGCCCCCCCAGGUCGGAUGCUGGGGGGUGUCACCAAACGUACCUAAUGUGCCGCAGCCUCCUCUUGGACUCUGGACUCAGGGGCCGCCUCCCCCAACGCAGCCCUGCCCCGCCUGGCCCACGGGCGUCAACCCCCACACAGGGGUGGAGCAAAAAGCUAGCGUUGCGAUGGAGGCAGAGAGAUGAAGGGCAGCACGGGACUGAAAAAGCUCCCCUUUUCCAAUCCUGGGGAGGGAAACAGGGAGGCGGGGGGAGUAAUGAGGGAGGGAGGGAGAUGAUAAUGGGUAGAAAUGGGUUUUGGUCUUUUUCCCCGGAUUGAGACGGAAACUACGCAACAACCAAGAAAAACUCAACGUGGACAUUUUGAAGAAGAGGAGAAAAACCAAUGCAAAUGUCGAUAGAAAAAUAGAAAAAGAGACGCACACACACAUAGUAAUAAGAGAGAGCUCUUCGUUAGUUUUCCUAAGUAAAUACAUAGAUAAGAACGAUAUUAUUGAACUAAGAAAAAGAGACAUUUUUAAGAAAUUGUCACGCCCAAGGAUUCUCUGUGAUGUUCGAGGACAUUCAAGGCAGCAACAGUGAUUUUCUGUUUAGGUUUUUACUUUAUUUUACAUCUUUUUUUCAGCCAGUGUUUGUUUUUGUUGCCACUGGUGUUUCUGUGUUUCUGUGCUGCAUGAGGAGAGAGGGACUUGCAAUGCAGUGUUUUGAGAUUGACUCAAAAAUCAACACGCACUUGAGUGUGGGUGUGUACCCAUGUGAGCGGGUUUGUAUACACACACACACAUAUACAUAUAUAUAUAUACAUAUAUAUAUAUACGCACACACACACACACACUCAAAUACACACACGCAUUUAGCGUUUAGAGGAAACACCUCCAUACUGUCAUCCCCAUCGUCAAAGGUGGGGCGUUUCUUACCUCACCUGGUGGUCACCUGACUUCUUUCAGCCAAUCAGGGAUUCUUAAACCAAGCGUUGCCGCCGCAGGAUGUUUUUAAAGGUUUUUGCUUCUUAAAGGCAGCAGCUUUAUGCUCACUGAUCCUUCGCUGCGAUGGCUUUUUUCCUGACACAGUUUGAAUCUCCACUGUAUACUUUUUUCUGAAGAUUUGGGUUAUUAUACAAGGAAAAAAAAAGUGAGAAAUAAUGGUUUAAUAUAAUAUCGUUUAUAAUGUUCUGUUUUUGUUGAAAGGGGUGAGGGAGGUGGCUUUGAAUAAACGGGGUGGGACUUUCAGGUUGAUUUUUUUUUUAAAGAGUGAAUCAAACGCAGCUAAAAAUGGCUAAAGAUUUUUAAAAAAGAGUAAAAAAAAAACGUCUCCAUCUUUGUUAAGCAGAACUUUGCAUGAUGUGUUCAUAACGUGUAACAUCUUUUGUAGCAAACAUACAUGAGGUCGAGACGUGUUUAUGGGAGGGGGGUCGGAGUUAAAGAGGAGGGUGGGGUGGUGGGUCUCAUUCCCAGCGCUAAUAGAGAUGCAACAGAUGAGCGUUUCUCUACAGAGUCAAACUCAAAAGGCCAAAUUGGACAAAGUGUCUCGUUAGAAAUGAGAAACAAAGAGGAAAACGGAUGCGGGGCAGCUUCGGGAAGCCCACCACCGAAUAUCUGGGGACACUACAGACUACUUUAGAUAUACAGUAUAUAUAUUUACCCUCAGAUACUGUACUGCAGAGGGGGGGGUUUACACCAUCUCUAAUUUCGACCGGUCCCUGGUCCAUUGAUACCGCAGAGGGACGAUUCAGGGAGGACCCUGAUAUACGGCAAUAUUUUAGAGAACAGGGUCUGCCCCUUUUAAGUUUCUCCUGCAUUAUUUUUCCAUUUCAUACAAGAGUAAUAAGAGAUAUUUUGAAUAGAUGAGGGUCUUUUUAUUUCAAAAUGAUGGAUAUAAUACUGAAUAAACAAGAAGCUUCCUAUUGUUUAUUAUUUAGACUAAUGUUUGAGUUCACCCUUUUCCAUGCUUCAUACUUUAUUUGGUUAAAUCAGAGAGCGUUUCUGGGUGGGCCUGUUCCUAAAUGGUUUCUCAUGUAUGUUCCCCCCCCCCACUUGUAUGACUGUAUGAGACCAUUCCCACAAUAUUUGUGGACUACCUGAUAAUUAACUUAUCAUUUUUGUGAACCUAAAUAAAUAUUGUAUGUCAACCUA